AAUGAAGCUCUCAUUUAAUUUGUAAGCAUUUUAGUAUUAUGAAUAAUAGAUCGGAUAAUGUUCAUAAAAUAAUUGGAUUGGUUUGCUCUUGUAUAAUUGAAAUUUUAUUGUUAGGAUAUUAUGCUGCCUAUGAUGUAGGAACGUAAUUAAUCAUAUUUAUAUUAGUAAACCUACUGGUUAUGAAUAGUAUAAGACAGUGAUUGAGAUUCCUUAUGAGAGUGAGAUCUAAACUUUUUAAGGUUUAUCUAUUACUGGGAGUCUGCUUAUGAUGAUUACUUUGGGUUUAUAGAUUAUGCUAAUUUAUAAAUACAAUCCAAAAAUCUUAUACUUGAUAUUUGGAAUAAAUACAUGUUCUAUAAUUCUAUUGAUAGCGGGAGUGGGAAUUAUAUCAGAUGUGGUAUUAUAACAAAAGAUAUGAUUUAAGAUAAACAAGUUAAUAAAAUAAGCCGAUCCCUAUAAUACACCUUUGGCAUUUUGGUUCAUACAAUUAUGUCUAUAUAUUAUGAGUUUAGUGAAUCUACAUAAUUUAAAAAAUUUAGAGGGGAAUGGAUAGAAUGAGGAUACAAAUAAAAAGAAAGAGGAAAUUGAUGAUUCAAAGAAACAAGCAUAGAAUACAACAACUUAAUCAAAUUAAAGUUAAAUGGUUAUGAUGGGAAAUAAUGAAUCGUAAUUCGCAUAAUAAUAAUAAGGUGUAUGA